AAACCAAGGAGCAGGAAAACGAUGUAAACUCCUUGCAGAGACGUUACAGCAGCCCUUCCUGGCUGUAGACUCUGCUGUGCCAUGGAAACGGCGGAGUGUUGGAUGGCUGAGGCUGAUAAUUAACGGUCUCCAUGGCAGGAUUCUUCCAGUCAUGUCUCAUAUUAUUGGGUUGUUGUUUUGAGUCAUUAGGUUCAAAUCAGGGUGAAACACUCAGUGAGUCACAGCCACAAAUAUAGGAACAACAUGAAGAGGUCUUAACUGGGGGUUGGGCAUUAUAUAAAGCAUGUAUUACAUUAAGUACUCAGUAAGUUGCUACACGCCAAACAUUUGUUUGUAUGUGUGCACUGGUACAGACAAUUACAGGUGAACCUUGUAGCUUGUAUUAAUCUCUGUUCAGUAACGGAAAUUUAAUAGGUCAAAAUCAAGUGACCUUGUUAGGUCCCACGCAGUAAUCUGGGGGAAAAAAGGACGGCGGAAGGGAGACGGCAAUCAGGAGUGCAGGGAUAGUGGAAUUAGCCUCUGAACUGACCCGACCACCCUUAUCCUAUUAGAGCUAUGCUGUGUCAUCCACCGUCGUAACAGAUCCUCAGGGUACUUAUAGAAGCGGCCUUUCCGUCGCUGCCAUCUAGUGGCAAGCAAGCAGAAAUGCGCAUAAUUACGGAGAGGACAAACCGGGUCAACUCCACCACUGCCGACGAAAACUGCGUGACGGCUAACGAUAGUCAUUUACAGCGAAAGGAUGCGUUUUUAGUGAAACAGGAGCACAGAGUUUGCAGCGCAUAGUGGAUCAUUAAAUAGAGAAAAAUGGAAAGAUUCCAUCGGAAAAAUAAAUUAACAUUCAAGUGUCAGAGCAGAUGCUGAUUUACCAUGAAACUUUGUGGAGUUUGCUCUUAGUUGACGCUAAUAUCGUCUUACAGUAUCCCAUCCACGACUAAUGUCUUUGGAUUUGAAGUACGUUUGUGACAUCAUACGCAGAUCUGUAGUAUGAUGAGGCAUACGCACUUUUUAGACUACAUUAUGCAUAGAGGAUUAAGCUGUGUAUACUGGUCAGUGAGGAUAACGAUUUUCGUUUCAUACUUAUCGCUGAUCAUUGCAGUGUGACAUGCGGCACAACUUAGAGUACAACUUUGCCACAGAAUAAAAUUUAAAUGAUGGAAUAUCGUAUUUAAUAUUGUAUCAGAUGUUGCUGCAAAGUGCAUCAGGGUGCCUGAAUGAGUAGAACUCCAAGUUUUGGGUGCAGAUUGCUGCCGCCAUGCUGCCUCCGAGGAGUCUGUAGGCUAUACGCUCCUAGCGUUGCACUAGGGCCACUCUGGUUUCCUCCAGAAACAUGCAUUUGGGCAAAUGGGUUUGGCUUCUAAUUUUUCAUAAGAUGCAAUUGCAUUUGGCUGUAUGCCUUGUGAUGGACUGACAUCCUGUCCAGGGUCCUUCCAUGCCCUGUGCACUGUGUCUCCUGGGAUAGGCUGUCCGUCAUCCUGUACAGUGCAGAAGGUGGAUGAAUGAAUGGGUGGUACAGUUUAAAUGAAGACGAAUAUAAUGGCUACAUUACACAUUCACUCUGGUAUCAGUUUUGUAACUGCCAGUCAUAAUAUGAAGGGCAUAUAGCGAUCCAGUGAACGUGACAGAAGUAUAUGGCAUAAAUAUGAACAUAAUGACACAAUGACAGCCUGCAAAAAUCAGUAUGGGUUUUAUGUUUUUUGUAGUUAUUUAUUUGUUCAAAACGGCUAAAAUGACCUUCCCCUGCUGAGUGUUAGUUGUAUUCGAUCAUUAGUUUUUUUUUUCUUUUAUACCCUGAUGAACUUAAUUACCCGAGUAAUCGUUUUAUAAGCUUGUAAUAAUUUGCAAUGUUUCAUUCUAUUUCUCUAAAAUCGUCUGUAUUUGCACAAUUUAAAAAUUAACUCGGGUUUGUUGCUUUAUCGUCACAGCAGACUUAUCUGACGGGAACAGGCGGAUAGUCGUAUAUAUUCGGGAUUAUCCGCCUGCUACGUUACAACUUUUUUUCACCUACCUUGUGCGGUUUUAUUGAAUGAUAGUCUGGUGUUUUGUAAACCUUUGGUAUACUCAUUUACAUUUUACACAUUGCAUUCUCAGAUUACCCCCCUGAUUUUUAGAAACUUGCUGUUCUUUUUCUUCCAUCCUUCCAGAAACUGUUAAACCUCUAUCAUCGUUAUGCGUACAUUUUAAGUAAUAUGAUUGUAGUCCAUGCACGUUGUUCUGUAAUCUUUUUUUAAUAACCGGAAGUGUAAUUGAGUUGUAUUGCCGAAUCAAAAGAAUCGCUUAAGAUGACAUUUGCGGGGAUAAAUUAAAAUCAGAUUUUUGCCUAAUGCGAAAUAAAAAAAACUGACAUUAGCACAUCAUUUGGAUGCGGGACAGAUGCGCACUGGGCGAAAAAAUAAAUGUAAUUUUAUAGGCCUAAUUAAUAUUUUGGGGACAAUGGAUACAACAACUAAUUUAGCCCGCUCUUUAAAAUAUCUCACCCAGAUGUUUAUUAACACACCUAAGUGGAUUUAAAGAGAUUAAUCAAGAUCGUCCUAGACCAAAAACGAUAAACGUGCUCACCUGUUUCCUGCCAAGAACGAUCCACAACUUCGCUUUUCAAGCUUCUAAUUGUAUCUUCUCUGCAACAAAUUCCCAAACUAUUACUAAGAAGCAAAUCCGUAUCGCGUUGUUGCUUCUGUGUAUAUCAAAAUCCUUUUUUUGAAAUUCCUUUCCUACUGGAUAAUUUACUCUGCAUUUUCAUGUUAGAUCAUUUGUUUGCCCCUCGACACCUCCUACCUCUCAGCUCCCCCUGCAAACAGUAAUCCUCUCUUUGCGCGCUCUCGCUGCCUACACGCGGGCGGGCACCUGAGCGCGAGUACACGCUCUGGAAGUGUGUGGGUGAGUGAAGGCGGGAGAGCUUGUCAACUUGAUUGUGUCUCCCUUUGUGCACAUUUGUGCGUCUUCCACCAGUGCGUACUCUCCUUCCAUUUUUGCCUAUUCCUUUUAUCAGUGCAUUUAGCUGGUUGCAUUUAUAAAAUAAUACUUCGGUGUCUACUGCUGUUGACCAAAUGCGUUCACUAUUAACCCUCCUGUGUCUUCUGUUCCUAUAUCUGUUCCCUUCAUUUUUUUUGCCCCUUCCGUCCUUUAAAUCUUUGGUUUUUCUCUGACACACCACUUUCUGGUGUUUUAGUGAACACCUGGAAACGUUCCUAGAUACUUAGGAUAUUCGACUACUUUCAAACCUCUUAAUGGCUCCUCUGGUUUUCAUUUGCGGUGGGAACGGCCAAAAUCUCAAUCCUGCGUCAUAAUGAUAAAUCACUGUGUUUUUAAUAUCUUUGUUUUUUGCCUAAGCCUACUCAUUUAGCUUCUGGACAGUUUCACGCCCACUUCUAUUCAGAAAUCAAUGCGUUUAAAAAUAACUUCCAUUAACCGUGUCAUUUAGGCAGAUAGCAGGAGGGAACGUUAGUUUCCAUGGUCACUAUAAAAACACCACGAGUGUUAUUAUACAGAGGAAAGUUCCCUCAAUACUUAACAACAGUCUUAACAUGAAAUAAGUCGUUUAUAUAAUGCGUGGAUUGCCUAAGAUGAUUUUCCAUAAUUGACAAUAUUCUUUAAUGCUUUAAGAGGAUGGAGAUGGUUCUGGUAACUGAUGUAUUGUAGAACGAUACUUGGGCAAGACUUCGGCAAUCAAAACUCAUCUUAAGGAGGAUAUAAAAUUUCACAGCUCAGACUCCAUGUCAGAGAGCACACUUUGAGCUACUUCAGAUUUUACAAACUGCGUUAAAACUGAAAGGCUCUUGCGCUUGGCUGAAUGUAUAGUUCAGUUCUUCUUGACUGGUUUGUUUCCUGGAUUGAAUCAGCACACAGCAAGGACUCAGUACGUGAGUGAAAUUCAGGUCCUUUUGAUUCAAAUGGUAGCUUACAAAUCCUGUCCUAUAGCUCAACGCGUCCUCCCUGACAUGGAAUAGGCGGUAACCCUAGUCUAGACACUCAGAACAGAGUGUAAUGACGGGAAAUUCGGCGUAAAUAUGUAAAGAAUAAUGGAAAGUAGAUGACAUAGUUCACAGGAAGGUGAAUGGAUAAAUGUAACCAUGUAGCCAAAGCACAGAUUUUAAAAGGAGUACCGCGCCAGAGUACAGUGCGUGAUGGACAAAGCGCAAGUGUGACUGGGGGGCAGAAGGGGGUGGGAUAUAUAACGGCGCUGGUGCAGGUAGCGGAACACCGGCAGGGGAUGCUGGAACAGAGCGAACGUAUCAGAGGAGGGAUUCGAGGGCUGGUGGUAGUUAGUGCCAGAGCGCCGGGCAUUUCGGGUGAAAGAUGUCCUAGGACUACAUUGGCGUCUAUUCAUAGCCCGUAAGCCGCCAGAGCGGCAGAUUAGUUGUCGUGACCUUUCGACUGGAGCACCUUGCUGAGGGCGGGUGGUCUGCUGUCCCCGCCACGUUACUGGCUCCGUAGCCCUCCUUCCGUGACCGUCGCCCUGCCUGCGGUGCGCAUCACUUCCCUCUGCACUUCACCUUACCGCCACGAACGAUUAGAAAAAGCCCGAAGCAAAACGGACACCGUCUCGGUUUCCCUACCAGAACAAAACAUGCAUUUUUCACAGGAUGACAUUCAUACCCUGCAUCACUGUGUGUUUGCAAUUUUAGUAUUAAGGCACGUGACUUUCGCCAAGCAAGUUUUGGUACUUCCAAACCCGCUUUGGAUAAAGUGUACACGACGACGACAACGAUUUGGCUUCUGCAGCAGCAUAGUUUAUUAUGUGAAGGUAACUGAAGUAGUGGCCCGCUUUGUUGACGCUUCAGAUCCAGGGGGAGAGCUUUGUUACUUUUUGAGGAAAAAGUAUGCUUCACUUUAACUACUGCAGAUUUCUAAAACCGUAUAGUUUGAGCUUUUGGUACGAGGAGGAAUAAUAUUGUACCGAUAUUAGAUUAGAAAGCACGUUUUAAAUAAGACCGAGUUACUUCAUUUAAGUGCCAUGUGAGACUGACGGCGAUAAAAAGAGACAAAUGAUGGAUGAGACGAAACGGCACGUUUUAUGAAUUCUGACAUAGACGAUUAAUAGUGGGAGAAGUCAAAUUUAAUUAUGCAUCUACGCUUACCCCAUAACAUUCAUAUUCUUGUAGAUGUAUUUUUAAAAAACAACAAUUAUUGGCUAAUGACGCGCAGACUUGCGUGAAUAGCUGUUCUGGCGCGCAGGUUCAUUUUCAACUCUGUAACUGAGCCAGGAUUUAGCGCUGAGGCUGCAGGAUUUCAGUCCGCUAAAGGGAGCGAGGACGGUGAUUUACGGCACAGAGACAGAGGCUAAGGAUUAUGACACUGGCCGCCAAAAAAAAUGGGAGUUUGGAAGCAGGGCGGAGGCGAGGGGAUAAUUAAUUUGGGCAGUGUGUCAGGCAUUUAAUGGGAUUACAGGAAAGUCACAGUUGAGAGGAAAGGGUAUAAUAUUAGAGAUAUCAAAAUAGUACCUAAGAAAGGGAGGAGCAGAUUUUGUGGAUGUGUAUGUGGUAUAUAAUGGCGUUGUUCCGUGAUGGAUACGUCAGCUUUGCUAUGUUGAACGGGAAACGUAUAACACAAACUGUAUAUUUGUGAUAACAUUUCAAAAUACAGUCAGUUUACAUGAUUGAAGCAUUACUGAAAGGCUAAUGUAUACUUUUGGAUAUUUUCAUACUACUUAAGGUGUGGCCUACAUGCAGUUCGCACGUGAAUGUUCAUAUUUGCCACGUCAUUGGAAAGUCGCGCUCAUUACUCAUUGUAUAGUCGGAUUCAUUAUUAGUUCUACUUGUUUAAAAGUAGUUUUGAAUCUUAAAUAUAAUCUGAAAGAUAUAGUAUUAAAAUGAAUGACUUGGACAGUAGAAUACUCAGCUUUGGCAUUUUGCUUGAAAAUUGAGCAAUUCACAAUUGAAAAUAAUUCUAUUUUUUAAAAUUGUACCCAAAAAUGUACCCAACAUCAUCAAUAAUAUCUGAAAUGCUUUCACGUAGCAAAAAUAGGCCUCAUGCUGAUAGAUAGAUCCUUCCAUCUAAACAACUGUUUUUACUCUCAUUAGCUAUAUUUAGUUACCUGGAUGAGAUUAUUGCUAAUGUUGCCUAACUGCUGGUACGUGGAUGUAGUUAAUGACUGCCCUCACAGCACGGUAGGUGGCGCUGUGCACCUUUUCACCGCACGAAAAUGUGCUGCUAAAUCCGUAGAAGAAGACAAAAUGCAGAGCUCGCCGUGGCUGUAAGGUAUGCUUGUGGAACUGGGCAUCUAAAGAACUCGUAGACGCAAGAUCAACAUCUCAUAGCAAGAAGUAACAACUGCCUUUAAAAAGGACUCCUGAAUUUGAAGGCAACCAUUGUCCACUAACUGCUCACAGAAUCAGAAAGUGGAGUUAGUUCAGUUUUACGAAGCAGGCCUUUUGAUUCGGUACAGAACUUAGGGACAAUGCAAAUUAUUAUUUCAGUUAUUUAAACUUCGUAACGAUUUAGAAAUCACUGUGUCAGCCUGCGGUUUGUUUUUUUGCUGCCGAUAGCAAUACGAUUAUUGUUUUUCGCGCUCAUUUUGUUAAACAAAGUUAGUCGAAAUGAACAUUUUUCGCAUUUUGGGUGAUAUGUCACAUCUUGUGGCCAUGUUAAUUUUGUUUGUCAAGAUCUGGAGGUCAAAAUCCUGCGCUGGUAUCUCUGGGAAGAGCCAAGUCCUGUUUGCCCUAGUUUUCACCACCAGAUACCUGGACCUGUUUACUUCUUUUAUCUCAAUCUACAACACUGUCAUGAAGGUUGUGUUCCUGGUUCUGGCCUAUGCCACAAUCGAGCUGAUCUACCAUCGCUUUCGAAACACUUACAGCUCUGAGAGCGACACCUUCCGGGUGGAGUUUGUCCUUGUUCCCGUCACUGGGUUAGCCUUCAUCGAGAACUAUUCCUUCACCCCGCUGGAGGUCCUCUGGACAUUCUCCAUCUACCUGGAGUCUGUGGCUAUUUUGCCGCAGCUCUUCAUGAUUAUCAAGACGGGCGAGGCGGAGUCCAUCACCACACACUAUCUGUUCUUCCUGGGCCUUUAUCGAGCCCUCUAUCUGGCCAACUGGGUGUGGCGUUACCACACGGAGAGCUUUUUCGACCAGAUCUCCGUCGUCUCCGGUGUGGUGCAGACCAUAUUCUACUGUGACUUCUUCUACCUUUACAUCACUAGAGUACUGAUGGGCAGUGGAAAGAUGGCCUUGCCGAUACAUGUAUGAGCAACCACUACAUCCUGCUUCAAACAGGACUCUCCUAUUCAUAUCCUUCCCAUACCCCUGACUCUCUACAUGGAUUCCAAUCACAGCUCAUCCACUCUUUCGUUUGUUUGUGUUCGUUUGUAAACAAGAAUUCUGUUUCAAUAUAUACUGGAUAAAAAAGGUUUCCGUAUUCCGCAUAUACAUUUCAGCACAGUUGAGUUAAAUAUUCAGUUGCUUUAACCACUGCUUUAAACAUUUCACACAGAUAACAGUAAAAUAAUUAAAACCGAUGUAAUCUCCCCUAUUAUUCUUGAAAUGGUUUGAUCCACUGGAGAAUAGUUUAUAUAUUUGGGUGUUCAUAUAUCUGUUGUGUAUGCAUGUGUGUUUUGAUACUGGUGUAAUUCUGUGUACAAUAUGUAUAAACAUAAGUAUCAGAAAAUUUUAACAUAUAAAACUGUAUUCUGAUCUUUUUUUAUCAGAGCGUUUGUUGUAUUAUAACUAACAUUUUCAGAAAAUUUUGGUUCUUUUCCAAGACACUGAGCUUUGAUAAUUUUGGAUAUAUGGCUGACUGGUAGGGAUUGACUGUGUAUCAACCAUGUUACCAUUUAGCACUCUGAAUGAGUAAGUUGUUUAUGCAAAUUAAUAAAUUACAGACUGAAAAUAA